AGGGUUUGGGGAAGACGUGGAGUGGGAGUUGGGGGUGGGGGCAUCUACAAAGAGCCGAGUUCCCCAUUCUCUGAGCUCACCCUUGAGUGUAUACCAAGGUCCUCCUCCCUCCUGAUUCUUAAUCUCCUAGCACAAGCUCUUCCUAAUACCUCCAAGCCCCAGCUCUGCUUGCCCAUGCCCAAAGCCCUUAUAGACCCCAUCCUAUCCUUCCCAGUGAUCUGGAUGUUAGAGAGGGGUUGAGUAGGUGAGUGAGCCAUGUGUGUCCCCUGGGAUGUCAGCCAGGCCCAGCUCCUGGACAGUCUCCUAGGGCUGGGGGCACUCGGAGUGACAAUUGGAACAGUCUUCUCGACAGCUAGCAUAGCCCUGCUGCUCCUGCUGCUGUUCAGCUUCCUUACUUUCGACCUGCUUCAUGGGCCCUCAGGUCCCACGCCGCUACAACAAAGACUUCUCCCAAUGGGUCAGAGCCAGGGGGCUGGUGAAGGCCCAGGACAGCAGGCAGCUCCCCUCUUCCCAACAGGGAUAGUCGCAGGACUACUCAGUCUCCAGGAUGCACUGUUCCUGCUGUUCCUGGGCCUGGGCCUGUUCUUGGGAGGCUCUGGUAUACCCUUAGCCUUGCUGGGCCUAGCUUUCUGCCUCCAUCCUUGGGACUAAGGGCCCUCCGAAAACUGAAUACCUUCUAAAAAUACACCAGCCAUUCUGCUUC